AUGAUUUCACGCAUGGCAGGUCUCUGCAAGAGCCCGCUAUCGCAUAAUUUGCCAGCGUCAUCAUGGCGGACCCUGUCUCGUGAUGUUGCUUCUCCAGUCACUCUCCGCCGGCUUCCACCCACAUGGCGAACACAACACCAGCAACACAUCUCGUCGCCCCGCCGCCAUGUCCAGACCUCGUCGCAGUUCCAGCCCAUGCGGCCGCCGUCCCCCGAGUCUCUGGGCAAGCCCAAGGCCGCCCGCGAGUUCAAGCGCAGCCGCAAGUGGACGCGGCGACUGCUCAUCCUCGCGGGCGUGGGCGGAUCGCUGUACCUCGCGGACCGGCAGCUCUUCGCGUCGGGCGUCGGGCGCUCCCUGCGCACGUUUGGCAACGGCCUCUACGUCGCCCUCGACUACAAGCUCAACUUUCGCGCCGAGCCGCUGACGGGCGGCACCGUGGGCGACCUCCACCGACGCAGCGCCGAGCGCCUCUUUGAGCUCCUUCGGCACAACGGCGGUCUCUACCUCAAGAUUGGCCAGGCUAUCGCCAUGCAAAGUGCAGUCUUACCACCUGAAUUUCAGCGCAUGUUUGCGCGCAUGUUUGACGAUGCCCCGCAGGACUCGUGGAAAGAGAUUGAAAAGGUGAUACGGCAGGACUUUGGCGGCAAGAGCGCAGAAGAGGUCUUUGGCGUCAGCUUUACCGGCGAGGAGGGCAAGGGUCUCAUGGAGAAGAAGGCGAGGGCCAGCGCGAGCGUGGCGCAAGUUCACUGGGCGAGGCUCCCCGAUGGCAGAGAAGUAGCCAUCAAGAUUCAAAAACCCGAGAUUGCCAAACAGGUCGGCUGGGACCUGUGGGCUUUCAAAGUGGUCAUGAGGGUGUACACCUGGUGGUUCGACCUCCCAUUGUACUCGAUUGUCCCCUUCAUCACUGAGCGCUUGUUGCUCGAGACCGACUUUGAGUCCGAGGCUCGCAACUCGGAGACCAUGCGGCAGCUAAUCAGCUCGGAGCCUAGUCUGAAGGGCCGAGUCUAUGUCCCCGUGGUCUACCCUGAAUACACUACAAAGCGCAUUCUGGUGACGGAAUGGAUUGAAGGUAUACGUCUUUGGGACAAGGCUGCCAUGACUGGUCGUUGGACUGGCGGAUAUGGCCAAGGAUCGCCCGGUGUGCACGGCGCCCAGCUGAGCGCGCCCAAUGUGCAGGCGAUUCAAAAGCAACUACGUGAGAACCCGGAAACGGACAAGCUCAAGCCUAACCGCGAGACGUGGAGAGGCAGGAAUGGAAAAGGCGGCCUUGGACUGUCACCAAAGGAAGUGAUGACCACGAUAGUCGAUCUCUUCUCGGCACAAAUUUUCAAAUGGGGCGUCGUCCACUGCGAUCCGCACCCAGGCAACAUCUUUGUCCGACGGCUGCCCUCGGGCCGAGCAGAGGUAGUUCUCAUUGAUCACGGUCUCUACGUCUACAUGUCACCACAGUUCAAGCACCAGUACAGUCUCUUCUGGAAAUCGCUCAUGACGUUUGACAACAAGACUAUUGGCGAGAUCUCAGAGGAGUGGGGUAUUAAGGCGCCGGAUAUCUUUGCCAGCGCCACGCUGAUGCGGCCGUAUGAGGGCGGAGACAAUAGCACCCGCGCCGAGAUCUUGCGCGAGAUGCAAGGCAAGACGCAGGCUGAGCGCAGCUUCGAGGCUCAGCAGAGGAUGAAGCAGGGUAUACGCGAUGUCUUGGCCGACGAGGACAAGUGGCCCAAGGAGCUCGUCUUUAUCGGUCGCAACAUGCGCAUUGUCCAGGGCAAUAACCAAUUCAUGGGCUCGCCGGUGAAUCGCAUCAAGAUGAUGGGCAACUGGGCGUCUCGAUCCUUGUACGAGGACCCCAACCUGCCGUGGGCGGAGAGGAUGGCCAACGUGUGGCGGCAUAUGCUGUUCAAGACGGUGCUGCUAGCGACAGACGUCGCAUUCUACACGUUCAAGCUUAGGCAGUGGCUGGGCUUGGGCGGCGGCAUGGAGGACGAGGUUGAAGCUCGCAUGAAGGACAUGGCAAAGGAUUUUGGCGUUGAAUUACAGCAUGAGGUGUUUGAAGGCUAA